CCUUCUUCUCUGUCCUUAGACUCUGGCCCAUUUGGUUGAAGUCAUCUUCCAACAGAGAUUCGAGUGCCAUGGCAGAAAGAUGGGACCAGAGUUUUGGUUCCAAGUGCAGAGGGUUGAUUGAGCCGUUUGUCUCCAAAGAUGCCCCUGAAGACCAACAAUUGAUUGAUUAUAUCACAGCACAAUGCAACAUUUCACUGGAGCAAGACACCCUGCUUGGUGCUGGCUGCAACACAAGCUUCCCUGUUAAUAUAAAUGACAUGAGCACUGAAAUACAACCACAGCCCUUUCCAGGCAAUGAGAAUGAAGGAAAUGAUCAUCUAAACAGUAAUCAUUUCCAGCAGUCGCCUGUUGUUUCCCCAGUGGAUCAUGAUUCGAACCUGCCAUACGACAUAUCAGUUGAUCGAAUCCUUCUCUGCAGCACUUCUCCAAUGAAUGUCCUGCAACAUGUCACUUACAACUCAGAGAACAGCAUGAGAAGCUUCAAAAAGCUUCAAAAAAAUGUUUAUGUAUAGAGUAUGAGAAGCUUCAAAAAAAUGUUCUCACUUGUUAAUGGCCUCAAGGAAAUUUUGCUUUCUGAUCUGGAAAUAGAUCUUCGUCGCAUAGUGAUUGUUAUUUCUAUUUCAUAUUGACAUAUUGGAGACAUCAAAUCAGGUUGAGAGGGAAAAUGUGAGGGUCUUUUUUUGAAGAAUUAAACUUAGUUUACCUAGAC